CUAUGGUUUAUGCACAUGUUUUAGAACUCUACUACCAUUCCAGGCACAUAUGUCACGUGACAGACUCCAAACAAAAACAGCUUGCGUCCGGUUGACUUGCCGUGCUGGACAGCGAUGGCACUGAUGAAAGAAUACAUUUGACAAUUCGAUCGGCAUGCCAGCCAAGGUUCAACAACCGUGCCUUUCGAAGAAGAUCAUCCUCAGAACAGGACGUCCGAAAUGUUGAUCUCUAUGUUUACACGGAUUUCAGGGGCACAAUGGUUCACUGACCUUCUUGUGGACACAAUAGUCGACCGGAGAAGUUGCUAUGGCAUCAAGCGGUGGCUACUCUAUAAACUCUGCCCCGGAGGACAAAUCCGAUGAGAACACACCUUUGCUGACAGGCAAUGGGCAGCUGACUGAACUCAAAGCAGCUCCUCAGUGCUGCUCAGUGAGGUGUAAUCUGGCCAUCCUCAUGUUCUUCGGAUUCGCUGUUGUCUACGGCCUCCGUGUCAAUCUCAGUGUUGCCAUGGUAGCCAUGGUUAACAACACCAAUCCUCAGCCUUUAUUAAACCACACUGUUGUUCCGGAAUGCCCUAGACCCACACCCAAAGAUAACAGCACACAACCCCUAGACCAGCCAGACGGGACCCCUCAGUUUAUGUGGGACUCGGAGACCCAGGGCAUGUUGCUGGGGGCCUUUUUCUUUGGCUACCUGUUGACCCAGAUCCCUGGCGGGUACCUGGCGGGGCGCUUUGGGGGCAGCGCGUUUCUGGGGGGCGGCGUGCUGGGCACGGCGGUUCUGUGCUGGGCACGGCGGUUCUGACCCCUGCUGACCCCACUGGCGGCGGAGAUGGGGGCCUCCUGGCUGUUCGCUCUCAGAGCACUUGAGGGAUUUGGAGAGGGCGUGACAUUUCCUGCCAUGAUGGCCAUGUGGGCGCGCUGGGCGCCCCCGUUGGAGAGGUCACGGCUCAUGACCUUUUCAGGUGCGGGGGCGAGCUUUGGGGCGUUUGUGGCGCUGCCCCUCACCGGCUUCAUCUGCCAAGCGCUGGGCUGGCCCGCUGUCUUCUACUGCUGUGGAGGUGCUGGGUGUGUCUGGGCUAUUUUCUGGUUCCUCCUGGUGUCUGAUGACCCUCAGACACACUCUCGGAUCAGUGAGCUUGAGAAAAACUACAUUACCCAGUCCAUAGGCUCUCAGGGAGGUGCCCAUGGAUGGAGUGUGCCUCUGCUGCCCAUGUUGAUGUCUGUGCCGCUGUGGGCCAUUAUUGUGUCUCAGAUGUGUGCCAACUGGUCCUACUACACCCUUCUGACCUCUUUACCUACAUAUAUGGACACGGUGCUGCACUUUGACCUGCGACAGAACUCUUUCCUCUCGGCAUUGCCUUAUCUGGGAGGCUGGCUGUUCUCUGUUCUAUCUGGUGUACUAGCAGACUUCCUCCUGGAGAGGGAGCUGUUGAGCACCACGGCAGUGCGCAAGAUCUUCACAGUUAUAGGUUUGCUGUUGCCUGCUGCGUUCCUGGUUGCCGUAGGCUUCGUGGGAUGCAGUGGUAUGCUGGCUGUGACGUUCCUGACUAUCUCCUCAACCUUAGGCGGCGUCAGUGCAGCCGGAGUCUUCAUUAACCAAAUCGACAUAGCCCCACGCUAUGCGGGAAUGCUGCUAGGGAUCACCAACACAUUUGGGACCAUUCCAGGAGUCCUCGCACCCAUCGCUGUGGGUCAUCUGGCCAAAGAUCACACCCUGCUGGGCUGGAGGAGUGUGUUCUGUGUGUCGGCAGCUGUGAGUGCCUUUGGAGCGCUCGUCUUCACUCUUUUUGGCAGUGGAAAAAUCCAGAGCUGGGCAGUUCCUACAGAGACACACGCUGAGCAAGAGGAGUCUUCCUGUGUCAGUGACUCAUAACAAUCCCUUCACUUGGUGCCACAACCACACUCACUGAAUUAAUGUGUGCUUUUGAUUUGUGUGUGUGUGUGUGUGUUUUUACAGACCAUUUGAUCAAUGCAAGAAAAUAUUCCAAAGGCCUUACUUUGAUGAUGUUUACAGAUGAUUUUAAUCUGCAAAAAAAACCACUUCAAGACUGUUUUUCUUUUUAUAUUAUAUUACAUUUCUUAUUAUGUAAUUUUUCACUGGGAAGUAUUUUACUAAAUUAAAUUUCAAAGCAACAGUUACAUUCCGGAUUUGCAAAGGAUAAAGUACACAAAUAUUUUGUUUACAUCAUUUUUAUGUGAGAAUUUGUACAUGGGGAGCCAUUGGCAAUUAUUUACCUUUUGAAUGUGGUCCAAGCAUACAAGUUCCCACACCUUUGAUUACUGUUGAGCCUUGUUAUGGUUUAAUAUACAACUGUGCAAUGAAAAGUGCAAUCACUCUCUAACAUUGAUCUCACUGCCUUGUUUGCCAUGUUUUAUUGUAAAAAAAUGUGGUAAUUUAAUAUUGUUCAUCAAUAUUCUGUUUUGUUGAAAAUGCUUGAAGUCAAAUACAGUGAUGAUGCAAAAUGAAGCGUCACUGACUGAAACUGAAGCUUGAUGUGCUUUUGUUAAAGAAAUGUGUGUUGUAAAUUAAUCUAGUUCUUGAACUGAGUUGAAUUCUUGAAAACACAUCAUCCUCCACACUUAUCCCACCCGUGGUAAAUACUGUAUGUUUUAAAAAGAGAAACUAACUUCAUUUAACUUUUCUAUGGAAAAAAUCGUGGCAGGCCAAGAAAAAACUUGUAUUUUUUAAUGUACAAAUAAUUGUUCAGCAGGUGCAAAUGAAAAGAAAAUGUAAAUGAAAAUGUAGCAUGUGGUAACAAACGUUUGAGAUGGGUGUUACAUUGACUAAACUGAAAAGAUCCCUACAGUAUUUCUACAUGGGUUUGUGAGGGUGUGGGGCUAUUUUUCCUCAAAGGCUUGUUACAGGGUGCAAUUGUAAGCCUCAUGCAAUACCUGGACAUUUUAAAUAAAAAUGUGGGUCGUGA